GGUGUGUGUGGCUAUUUGUCAUUCUGGCAGGACACAUUCCCAUGAGACACAGCCCGCUCUUCCUGAGACUUGCUGUCGUCUUUUCGGGGUGUACUGUUAGUUUUCCGGCGCUGGCGGAUAUUUGGGGCUGAAACCGGAGGAUUCUUUAUUUGUGUCUGUGAGCGCCGCGUGCUGCUGAUCCAGCCGGCGGUAACGAGCGCGGAGCACCGGGAGACACAAAACACGAGGAGUGACAGCGUCCUUGUCAGGCCCGCUGGGAGAGGACCAUGGCCCUGAGCGAUGCAGGUGGAGACUCUCUGGCCCUCAGCAACGGGGGACACCAUCCUCUCAGCGCCAACGGAAACACCAGCUCACCAGUCAGCAGUGGCCAGGACCCUCUGACGGCCGCCUCCAGCGGGGACUGUCCCAUAGCAGAGGGAGACCAGGGUGUGACAGUGAAGGACGCAGCGUGUAAAGUUCAGCAGAGAUCACAUGCCGUCCAGAGGACAAACAAACUCAGCCAAAAUGGUGGGGUGCUCAAACAGAACGGCUCACUGAGGAACCUUCCCCCAUCCUCCCCCGUAGACUCCCCAGAGGCUGGCCAAACGCCACCUUUUUCCCCCACCCUGUCCCCGUCCUCGUCCUCCCCGUCUCUGCAGCCGCCGCUUUGCUGUCCACACUGUCACUUCACCUCCACCCUGUGCUGUCCCUGUGGACAGCCGGACUGCCCGGUCUUCCAGAAUCCAGCCACAGGCUCAGGACCCGGAUCCAUUCCUCACCCAGGGACCACUUCAUCCUGCCCCUGCUGCCUCUCUGCCUGCACAUACUCUCACCCCCACCCCCAUCCUCCUCACCCGUCCUCCGCUCUGUGCCUCCAACACCACCAGCACCAGCGCUGGCAGGAGCACCUCCAGAACCAGACACCCGGAAUCAGCCCUGCAAGGCCCUUUAGAUUCCCCAAAAGCUAUGCUGAGCUGAUAGCUGAUUGGCCAGUGGUGGUGCUGGGCGUGUGCACAGUGCUCAUCGUGGUGUGUGCUCUGGUGGGCAUCCUGGUGCCUGACCUGCCGGAUUUCUCCGACCCACUGCUGGGUUUUGAGCCACGGGGAACAGCCAUUGGGCAGCGGCUGGUCACAUGGAACAACAUGGUGAAGAACACUGGCUACAAAGCCACGCUGGCCAACUACCCCUUCAAAUACGCCGAUGAGCAGGCGAAAAAUCACCAGGAGCCCAGGUGGCCUGAGGACCACUUUGACAGAGACAAACGGCAAGCAGAGUGGGACUUCAGUAAAGAAUUCUUCUGUGAUGUGCCAGGUGACAGUUACUCUAGACUGGUGUUCACAUCAGCUGAGGGGAAGAGCCUGUGGAGUAUUCAGGCCAUCAAAUCCAUGUGCAAUCUGGACAACACAAGGGUGCGCUCCCAUCGGGACUACUGGAGUCUCUGUCAGCGCACCAAUGACGCCUCCUGCUGCCCCAGCUGGACACUGGGAAACUACAUUGCAGUCCUCACCAACAGGUCGUCCUGCCAGAAGAUCACCGAGCGCGACGUAUCGCACACGCUCAAGAUCCUGCGCUCGUGUGCCAAGUACUACCACAACGGCACGCUGGGACCCGACUGCUGGGACAUGGCCCUGCGACGGAAGGACCAGCUCAAGUGUGCCAGUGUGCCUCGGAAGUGCACCAAGUACAACGCCGUCUACCAGAUCCUUCACUUCCUGGUGGACAAAGACUUCCUCAGCCCGAAGAGCCUGGAGUUCCCUCCUCCUGUGCUCAAAUACAGCAUGCUCUUCUCCCCCACAGAGAAAGGAGAGUCCAUGAUGAACAUUUACUUGGACAAUUUUGAGAACUGGAACUCGUCAGAUGGCAUCACCACAGUCACAGGGAUUGAGUUUGGCAUCAAGCAUGACCUCUUUCAGGACUACCUCCUCACGGAUACGGUGUAUCCCGCCAUAGCCAUAGUGAUCGUCCUGUUGGUCAUGUGUGUGUACACACGCUCAGUUUUCAUCACUCUGAUGACAAUAAUAGCCAUCAUCAGCUCACUCAUCGUGUCAUACUUUCUCUACCGGAUGGUCUUCAACUUUGAGUUCUUCCCCUUCAUGAACCUUACAGCCCUCAUCAUCCUGGUAGGCAUCGGCGCUGACGACGCUUUCGUGCUCUGUGAUGUGUGGAACUACACCAAGUUUGACAAACCCCACGCUGAGCUGGCAGAGACGGUCGGCGUGACCCUACAACAUGCCGCCCUGUCAAUGUUUGUCACCAGCUUCACCACUGCUGCUGCCUUUUAUGCCAAUUACGUCAGCAACAUCACCGCCAUCCGCUGUUUUGGGGUGUACGCGGGCACUGCCAUACUUGUGAACUAUAUUCUAAUGGUGACAUGGCUUCCGGCUGUGGUUGUGCUUCAUGAACGCUACCUGCCUAAUAUGUUCCCCUGCUCCAAGCCUCCGCAGCAGCAGAGAGGGUACUGUACCCGCAUGUUCUGGGCCGGUCUUUGCCAGACGGCCAACAAAUGCCUGUUCACCGUCUCUGAGGCGUCCAGGAUCUUCUUUGAGAAGGUGCUGCCCUGCAUCGUCAUCAAACUGCGCUACCUCUGGCUCUUCUGGUUCCUCGCCAUCACAGUGGGCGGGGCCUAUGUGGUCUGCAUCAAUCCAAAGAUGAAGCUCCCAUCUCUCGAGCUGGCAGAGUUUCAAGUGUUCCGAUCCUCGCACCCGUUUGAGCGCUACGACGCAGAGUACAAGAAACUUUUCAUGUUCGAGAGGGUUCAUCAUGGCGAGGACCUCCACAUGCCUAUCACCAUCAUCUGGGGCGUGACCCCUGUGGAUAACGGGGACCCUUUAAACCCCAAGAACAAAGGAAAGCUGAUGCUGGACAGCAGCUUCAACAUCGCCAGUCCAGCGUCUCAGCUGUGGAUCCUCAGUUUUUGCCAAAAGCUGAGAAAUCAAAGCUUUGUGUUUCAGUCAGAGGAGCAGGACUUCACGAGCUGCUUCAUCGAGACAUUCAAACAGUGGAUGGAGAACCAGGACUGUGAGGAGGCAUCAGUCUACCCCUGCUGCAGUCAGUCCACCUUCCCGUACAAGCAGGAAGUCUUUGAGUUGUGCAUAAAGAGAGCAAUCAUGGAGCUGGAUCGCAGUACCAACUACCAUCUAGACAGCAAGACCCCGGGACCUCGGUUCGACAUCAAUGACACCAUCAGGGCCAUAGUGUUAGAGUUCCAGAGCACCUACCUCUUCACCCUGGCCUACGAGAAGAUGUACCAGUUCUACCGUGAGGUGGAUGCCUGGAUCACUGAGGAGUUGCGUUACGCUCCAGCGGGCCUCAGCCACGGCUGGUUCAUCAGCAACCUGGAGUUCUACGACUUGCAGGACAGCCUGUCAGACGGCACGCUGGUUGCCAUGGCGCUGUCAGUAGCCGUGGCUUUCAGCGUGAUGCUGCUGACUACCUGGAACGUCAUCAUCAGUCUGUACGCCAUCCUGUCGAUCGCAGGGACCAUCUUUGUCACAGUGGGCUCCCUGGUGCUGCUGGGCUGGGAGCUCAACGUCCUGGAGUCCGUCACCAUUUCUGUCGCCGUUGGGCUCUCUGUGGACUUUGCUGUCCACUACGGCGUGGCCUACCGGCUCGCUCCUGAGCCUGACCGUGAGGGGAAGGUGAUUUUCUCCCUCAGCCGCAUGGGCUCUGCCAUCGCCAUGGCAGCGCUGACCACCUUUGUUGCCGGGGCCAUGAUGAUGCCCUCGACGGUGUUAGCGUACACCCAGCUGGGAACGUUCAUGAUGCUCAUCAUGUGCAUCAGCUGGGCCUUUGCCACCUUCUUCUUCCAGUGCAUGUGUCGCUGCCUGGGGCCCCAAGGGACCUGCGGACAGAUCCCGCUGCCCAAAAAGCUGCAGUGUCAGGUGUUCUCUGAGGUCACAGCCCCGGGCCCCUCCCCUCAGGGGAAAGGGUCAGGCCUGGGGAAGUACCAGCUGGACAGCAGGGGCGGGGAGGCGGAGCAUUACGAGCUGGAGCCGUUAGCCUCCACUCAGAAGACUGAGGAGAAGCCCAGAGAGGAGCAGGGGGGGUGUGCCCAGCUCUACAAUGGGGCCCCUCCCCACCAUCACCACACGGCUCCAUACUCACACAUCCACUACAAGAGCAAAAGUGAGACGGGCAGAGGGGGCCCCGAGAACAGUCUUGUAGGCACUCUGAGCACAGCAUCCAGGUGCCAGUACUCUCAAAACACAAACUGCACAUGUGGGGACCCAUCUCCUCCUCAGCACCUUUCUCAGCAGUGGACCCCCCACCCCUGUGCUCAGCCUCCCCAGGACCCCCCCUCCUGCCGCCCCACCCCUCAGCUCUUCCCACUCUCAGGAAACCCCCCAAGCCAACAAAACGCAGCCCAGGAGCCGCUCUACACACACAUGGAGUGCCGUAUGCACUACGUCCACUGUCCCCCUGCCCAUUUCCACCACUGCUCCCAGGGACGGGUCAUUGCCCCCAGGCAUGGACCCACACACACCUGCCAUCUCAGGAAGUACUGUGUCCACACCACAAACCUGCAGGCCAGAGAACAGAGACCCACAACCCAGGCCCUGAGCCAGGACACGGGUCCAGCUCUGAGCCGGGACAUGGGUCCAUCUCCUGGCUCAGAGCCUAUGGGACAGGAGGAUGGCUACAAACAUGAAACCAGGCCCUCAAGCCCUGACUGUAGCCAAAAUAUCAGCACUCCAGCCCAGACUCUAUGUCUGCCCUCCUUACCAGAUUCACCACACCCAACCAGUCCUGAAAGACAGAAGGGAAGGGACAUUGACCCUAGUUGUGGUGAGAACCACAUGUCCACAGAUACAACAACACAAGUGGAUGCUUGUUGUAAAAUCCCUGGCAACCAGGAGAAGCUCAGAAGUAUUCCCGUCACACGGGAGGAAAGUGUCAAAAAGUGCAAGCAGAACUCUAAAAGACAGCGGGCGUCCUCGGCCUCGCCAAAGAGACUCUACUGUUUUAACAGGACACUGAAAGUGAAGUGCAAUUCAGCUUCAGAGUUUAACAUGCCAAAAAGUGAAACCAGCGUGCCUCCUAUUGCAAUAAACACCAACCCCUCAUCUGAAAGCUUAUGCUGAUAAGAAAUCAAUAUUUUCAUAAAAAACUUCACCCAGAGCAAAUGUCCAAAACUAGAAUGACACAUACGAUGUCUCUGUGCAAUCAAAGCAGGUGUGUGUUUGCAGACCAAGUGCCUCAGUGUGUUUCAUUACACAGCAUGGACCCACAAAAUCUAAUGAGUUUACAUGUUUCUGUUUGCAUUCACCAGGUGUUCUCAUGCUAGAUGAUGUGUUAGAUUUAACAAUGAAUCACUCACUAUUGUUAAAGUCAUAUCAUCAUGGGAAACUAUGGUCUAUUCAUCAUGACAGUAGGCUUGGGCGGUAUGUAAUAUUUCAUCCCUUCGUGACAUUUCACCGGCGUGUACGGUAUAUGACAGUAUAAGUGUUACUAAACAGGGAAGUACAUCUGUAUACCUUUUGAAUUCAACUUUCUCUCGGUCACAGAAGAGUGACGAGGCUUAGUUGCCUUGUCAUAAAACACUUUGUUUAAACUCAACAGAAACAAAAUAAAACUCACCCAAAUCAUCUUGGUUACCCUUGCUAGUAAUCUAGUUAGUCUAGUUAGCUCUGGUUUGAUCGAAUGAAAUCCACCAAGUUAGAUGUAAAAAAAACAUGCCAUUAUUCCCCACGUUCUCGCUCUGCCUGCUGGCCACCAGCUGUUUACAGUCUUGUAACUUCUCCCUCCACUAAUAGAGACUAGAGACUGAGCCCUGGUGGUGUGUGUUGUGCACUACAUCAUGAGUUUAAUAAAACAAGGAGAGCCUGUAUUUAUGACGGUAUUUAAAAACAUACUAGGAUUUCUAAAAACACUGGUAUACUGUAAUACCAUGAUACCACCCAGGCCUAAAGAAGCGUCCAUGAAAUUGAGCUAAUGUCAAUGUUAAAUAUACUCAUUCAGCAGCCAUUUGCACCACAUGAAAUCGUACAGUAUAUAUAUUAAUAUUGUGUGUAAUUGUCAGUAUAUGUUGUCAGAUGUGAUCGACCGUAACUAAAAUGUGACACAUUUUACAAGCUGAUCAGAAGUCAUUGCCUGACACUUUUUUGUAUUUGUAGGCAGUGGUGUUCAGUUCAGUAUGCUCUUGUGUUCAAGUCUCCACACGCUGCCUCAGAUCAAACAUGUACUGUAUGAUUAAAAUGUCUUUUUUAUCA